GUUCCAGAAAUCUGUUUGUGAUCAUUGCCUGUAUUUCAAAAAUACUUCUUCUGUGCCUGUAUUUUUGUUACUCUAUGUGGAUGACAUGCUGAUAAUUAGUCCUUCUCUGAAUGCUAUUAAAGAUGUGCAGAAAUGUCUUUGUGCGAAUUUUGCCAUGAAAGACCUAGGUGAUGCCAAGAGGAUCCUAGGCAUAAACAUUGUUAGGGAUAGGAGUAAGCGUACUCUUACUUUGAAUCAGAUUUCUUACAUAGAAAAAGUUUUGAGUAAAUUUAAUAUGUUAUCUGCUUCUCCUGUUAAUGUCCCUAUGGCAUCUCACUUUGUGUUAAGUAAGGACCAGUCUCCCAAGACUGCUCCUGAAAUUGAGAAAAUGAAAUUUGUGCCUUAUUCCAGCGCAAUAGGGUCGGUGAUGUAUCUUAUGGUUAGCACUAGACCUGAUAUUGCAUAUGCGGUUAGUUGCUUGAGUAGAUAUAUGUCCAACCCUGGUUUGCCUCAUUGGAAUGCUCUUAAGUGGUUGCUUAGAUAUCUGAUUUCUACUGUGAAGCAUGGAUUAAUUUUCUCUAAGUGUGCUAGUGGUAUUGAAUUGAUUGGUUAUGUUGAUUCUAACUAUGCAAAUGAUAGAGAUAACAGGAAGUCGACCACUUCUUAUGUUUUUACUUUGUGUGGCUCUUGCAUUAGUUGGAAGUCUCAACUACAGCCUAUUGUGGCCCUUUCUACCACUGAGUCCGAGUAUGUUGCAGCCACAGAAGCGUUUAAGGAAGCCAUCUGGCUCAAACGCCUUGUCUCCGAAAUUGGGUUUCUCAAAAAGGGAGUUACCAUUUUCUCGGAUAGCCAAUCGGCUAUCCAACUUUGCAAAAAUCCUGUAUUUCAUGAUAGAACUAAGCAUAUUGAUGUUAGGUUCCAUUUCAUACGUGAUAUUGUUGAUGCAGGUGGAGUCAAGCUGUGCAAGAUCCCGUCCGAGUUUAACCCUGCGGAUAUGGGUACCAAGUGUCUUUCUGCUGAGAAGCACUUGUCCUGUAAACGCGUGUUAAACUUUGACUGUGGAUAACUGUGGGUUGCCUAAUAAAGUGUUUGCCCGUUGUGUCUGUUGAUAUUCCGGGUGACCCGGCGAUGAUGAGUCUUGUCACAACCUUGUCCAAAUUUAAAUGUGUGUAGUGUCCGAAGCAAAGAGGAUCAUUGGAGUGUGGGUACUUCGUGAUGAAGUACAUCAAAGAAAUUAUCGGUGAUGUUGAUGUGCUGAAAAAUAAUUUCUCCACAGUCAAUGAGUACUCUGAAGAUGACAUUUUGCAAGUGCGUGAGGAAUGGAUCUCAUAUGCAGCAAACCUAAUCAAAGAACUUCAGCAGUGACGAAUGUGAUGAAUGGUGGCAGUUGGACUUUUGCAUAAUAUGGCUGUUAAACAAAUGUGCAAAGCAUAAUUUUUUGAUGUUGCGGAAUAUACUUUAUGUUUUUCCAGAAUGUAUGUAAAUACUACUUUGUGUUUGCAGCCUUAUGUAGACCGGAGUUUUAGAAUAUUGGUAUUUUGGAUUUUGCUUUGAAGAACAAGUUAAAUGUCUUUGAAGUUUCAUGUUGACUUUGAUAUCAAUCUAAAUCUUAGUUAUGAG